AUGUGGGCGGCGUCUGCACUCGUGCUGUUGUUAGCCACGACGGCUUUUGGCGCCGAAAUCGGCAAGCAGUGGAGUGUUGGCUGGGUCGAUAAUGUCAACCCAGAUGGAAAGUUCCCUCGCCGAGCGAUUGGCAUCAAUGGCAAGUUCCCCGCCGAUCCCCUCAUUGUCAACUCAGACGACUUUGUCCACAUCAACUUUACCAACAAGUUUGGUGAUGGACGCCCGUCCACACUACAUGGACACGGACUCUUCUUCACGAACGUAAACUAUUACGAUGGUGCUGCUAGUGUGACACAGUGCCCCGUGCCCGACGGAUACUCGUUCUACCAAGAGAUCCUCAACUCGCCAAAGAGUGGCGAGAAAUCACCCAAGCAGUGGGGAACCUAUUGGCUGCAUGGACACUACAAGGGUCAAUAUAUUGAUGGCCUUCGGACACCAUUCAUUAUUCACCGUUCUGAAGGAGAGGCGUACGACUACGACGACGACUACACGGUCGUGAUGGCAGACUGGUACCACCACCAGCACGGAUACAUUAUGCGACACGACUACAUGACAAAUGGCGGUGACUAUCAGACGCCUGACUCCGGUCUGUUGUAUUUUGCGCACACGAAAGCCAACCAUACGGCCAAAACGUUGAAGGGCAUCAAUGAGAAUGCGACUUUACCGUUUGAGCCUGGCAAAACGUAUCGAUUGCGGCUGAUUAACAUGUCAGCUGCCUCUGUAUUUGAUUUCUGGCUUGAGGGUCAUGACAUGGAGGUGAUCGAGGUCGAUGGCGUGGACGUGGAACGGUAUCCAAUUGAGUCUGUUCAGGUGGCCAUUGGAUAG